CAUUUUGACCACUCUCAUAUGAUGAUGAUGGUCGCCACCACCGCCGCCCCUCCUCCGCUUCGUCGCAGCCGUCCCUCGCUGCCUCUGCUGGCGGUCGCCCUUGCGCUGCUGCUAGCAAUGGCCUUUGCCCAGCCUGCGCCUGCGUCUGCUGCGCCAAUGCUGCCUGUGCGCCACUACGACCGCGACGCUGCUGCUGCUGCUGCUGCUGCUGGAUCCAAAUUGUCGCCGACGGCUGCCCUUCGGCUCUCCCUCAAGGACAUUUCGCUGCGCUGCGACGGCUGCAAGGCCCUCUUCCUCGCGUUCGACGCCGGCUUCAAGGCAAACCUCACCACCGACGCCAUCGUCAAGAUUGCCAUCGACAUUUGCGUCGAUUUCAAGAUUGAAGAUUACAAUGUGUGCUCCCUGAUCGUCCCGCUGUUCGCCCCCGAAGUGCUGGGCGUCAUCUCGCGCACCGUCCUUGGCCCGGAAGAAGCUUGCGUCACCAUCGGCGAGUGCACUGGCGAUGUUCCGUACCCCUGGCUCACCUGGAACGUCACUCUGCCCAACAUCCCCAAGCCCCCGACGCCAAUCCCGCCGACUCCUCCGAGCCCCUCGUCUCCCCGUCGCCGCGUUCUGCACGUGUCCGAUCUGCACAUUGACCUCGAGUACACUCCUGGUCUCGACACCCAAUGCGGCGAGCCCCUCUGCUGCCGCCCUCCCAACAAGGUCGGCGUCUACCCCAACAUUGCUGGUCUGUGGGGUGACUACCAGUGUGAUAUGCCCUAUCGCACCGUCGAAGCCAUGUUCCGCUCGAUCGCGCAGUCCUCGCCCAAGAUUGACUACGUGUUCAUGACUGGCGACAUUCCUGCGCACAACGUCUGGAACCAGUCGCGCGACGAUCAGCUCACAUCGCUGCACACGGCUUGCAACCUGAUGCGCACCACCCUUCCUGGCAUCACCGUCUACCCGACGGUCGGCAACCACGAGAGCUCGCCCGUCAACUCCUUCCCGCCUCCGUACAUUAAGGGCGAGCAGAGCAACCAGUGGCUGCUCGACGCCUUUGCCACCGAGUGGGCGACCUGGCUGCCCGCAUCGACGAUGGACACCAUCCGCUAUGGCGGCUACUACCAGGUCGAGAUUGAGCCCGGUCUCCGUCUCGCUUCGCUCAACAUGAACUUUUGCAACAAUGGCAACUACUGGCUCUUUGUCAACGAGACCGACCCGGCCGGCCAGCUCCAGUGGCUGAUCAACGUCCUCCAGACUGCCGAGACUGCCAACGAGAAGGUGUACAUUAUCGGCCACAUUGCCCCCGGCUCUUGCACCAAGACCUACUCGUUCAACUACUACAAGAUUGUCGACCGCUACGAGAGCACGAUUGCCGGCCAAUUCUUUGGCCACUCGCACCACGACGAGUUUGAAAUCUUCUUUGACGAGGCGACGCUCUCGCGCUCCACCGGCAUGGUGUACAUUGGCGGCUCCGUCACAACCUACACUGGCAUCAACCCGAACUACCGCAUUUACGACGUCGACGGCGGCAGCACCAAGGCGGUUGUUGACAGCUACACGUACUACCUCAACCUGACACAAGCCAACCUGAACGGCUCCAGCGACCCCGUCUGGCAGUUUGAGUACUCUGCUCGCGACGCGUACAACAUGACCAACCUCUUCGGCCCCGACUGGUACGACUUUGUUCUGCGCAUGAACACGGACAACAACCUGCUCAAUCUGUACAACUACUACAACGUCAAGUCGGCCUACCAGCCCUCCUGCGAUGACAACUGCAAGGCCAGCACGCUCUGCAGUCUCGUCCAAGCCCGUCCGGACAGCAGCCUCUGCAAGAACGUGACUCCUGCCGACAUGCUGUCGCACCGCCGCUCCCGUGAGCGGUGCUGAAGCAUGUUGUUGGUUGAUUUGUUGUUUGUUGUUUUUUUAAAGUGUGUGUGUGUGUGUGUGUGUGUGUGUGUGUGUGUGCGUGGCUUUGCGAAUUGCGCUUUGUCAAGUGCAGCACGACGUUUGAUUUCGAUUUUUACUGUAUGACAAGUUGUCGAUCAACGCGUCGAUCUUUGAUUUGUAAAAUUG